GUUGUGGAUUGGCUGUUCCAGAUUCUCUCAGUUCUCUCAUUACGGAAACGAUUUGAACGUUAAGAUGGUGUCCCUCAGGCUGUCUGUCUGCGCUAUCCUUCUCGUGGCCGCCGCCGUGGUAUCCGGAGACACAGGGUACCCGAGACCCGUGGGUUACCCGCACCACAUCCCCAUCCUGAAGGACGACCGGACCCAAAACACGUACGGGGAAUAUUCCUUUGACUUCGAGGCCGGCAACGGCAUCGCGCGCCAGGAGUCCGGCAGCCAGAGCUACGGGCAGGUGGCGCAGGGCGGAUGGACGUACACCUCCCCCGAGGGCCAGCAGGUGGACAUCGUGUUCGUGGCUGACCAGGGGGGAUACCAACCCCAGGGGGCGGUGCUUCCGGUUCCCCCUCCCCUCCCCUACACCCGCACUGGCCAUGGCUUCUGAGCGCUGCGGCGACGACGCUCCUCAUCAUCACUUUCAUUAUCAUCACCUUCAUUGUCUUCCAACGGGUCUCGCGCGUGGUUCUCUAGCUACACUUUGCCCUUUCUUUUUUCUUUUUUUCCUUUUUGCUUCUCUCUCUAUCCUCAUUUCUUUGCUCUCUAAUGUACUGUUCUCCCAAUCCAAUUAUCAGUCCCCGGUUAAUUGUGUUUCUAUUUGUCGUCUAUCUAUUCAACUAUUUUUUCUUCGCGAUUUUUCCCCUCCUCCUCUUCUAUUUAUUUUCUUCGUCUUAUUGUUAUCCUUAUCAUUAUCUUUAGUCAUCUUCUUCCUCCCCUUCUUCUUAGUCGUCUUCUUCACCUACUUCGCCAACCGGAUAUGAAACUCAACUAUUCACUCCCUCCAGAACCCGCUGAGAUUCCGUCAUGUUGUGGUCGCUUAAACACUGAAAUUUGUCGACGAAAGAAAACGGAGGAUCUGGUCUCACAUGGAAAAACUUCAUCGUGUGUUUUUGUUUUCAUACAGCAUUAAGUUUUAUGUGUGUAAUCAAAAUUAAUUAGUUAUUUGCUUAGUGUCUAUUACAUGUUUCAUAUUUUGUUUAUUUUGAUUACUUUCGUUUUGUAACUUUGUUGGAUUUGUGCUGGACACAUUUGCAACACAUUUCAUGUAAUGCAAUAUUA